AUGGCGCUCCCACAGCGCGCCCUCAGAAUAGCCCGCAGCGGCCUCCCAGCGCUCCAAUGCGCCGCCUCGCGCACCGCACUAUGCGCAUCACGACCACUCGCAGCACCUCUCCCAGUUACCAUCCGCUACGUCCGCAGCGAGCGCCGCGGUUUCAAGAAAGAUGCCAGCCCCUCAGCAGCCGCCAAAGCGCCGCCCAAGAACCGAGGCGCAUCGAAGCUGUACGCCAGCGCCGACGACGCCAUCGCCGACCUGAAAAGCGGCUCGACCGUCCUCAGCGCCGGCUUUGGCGUGUGCGGCAUCGCACAAACCCUCAUCGAAGCCAUCGCCCGCCGCGGCGCCUCCUCCCUCCACUCCCUCACCGCCGUCUCCAACAACGCCGGCGCCGGGCAAUACGGCCUCGCCCUGCUCGCCCAAUCCGGCCAGGUCACGCGGCUGAUCCUCUCCUACCUCGGCGCAAACAAGCACCUCGAGAAAGAAUACCUGGCGGGCCGCAUCGCCGUCGAGCUGACGCCGCAGGGCACGAUCGCGGAGCGGCUGCGCGCGGCCGGCGCCGGCAUCCCGGCCUUCUACACGGCGACGGGCGUCAACACGCUCGUGCAGACGGGCGGGAUACCGGUCAGGUUAGGAGGCGAGGGCGGCAAGGAGGUGCUGGAGCACGGGAGGAAGAAGGAGACGAGGACGUUUGGCGGGAGGGAGUACGUGAUGGAGGAGGCGCUGAGGGGGGAUGUCGCGAUCCUGCGCGCGUGGCGUGUGGAUGAGGCGGGGAACUGCCAGUUCAGGUACACGACGAAGACGUUUGCGCCGCUGAUGGCGAAGGCGGCGGAUGUGGCGAUCGUUGAGGCGGAGGAGAUUGUGCCGGUUGGCGCGAUCGAGCCGGAUAAUGUGCAUUUGCCGGGUAUCUUUGUUGAUCGGAUUGUGCCGGCGACGGCGGAGAAGAGUGUUGAGGUGCGGAAGGUGAGGGAGGUGGGGAAGGAGCAGAAGCUCGAUCCAAAGAGGGAGCGCAUCGCGCGCAGGACGGCGAAGGAGCUGAAGGAGGGGUACUAUGUCAAUCUCGGCGUGGGCAUUCCGACGCUUGCGCCGAGCUUUUUGGAUCCCGAGGUCAAGGUGUGGAUCCAGAGCGAGAACGGGCUGCUGGGAAUGGGACCGUAUCCGACGGAGGAUGAAGUCGACCCCGACCUCAUCAAUGCCGGAAAGGAGACCGUCACGCUCGUGCCCGGUGCUUCGACGUUUGACAGCGCUGAAUCUUUCGGCAUGAUCCGCGGUGGCCAUGUUGAUGUUUCCGUCCUCGGUGCUCUCCAAGUCAGCGCGUCUGGAGACCUCGCCAACUACAUGAUUCCUGGCAAGACGUUCAAGGGCAUGGGAGGCGCUAUCGACCUCGUGUCGAAUCCCGACAUCACCAAGAUCAUCGUCGCAACAGAGCAUGUUGCCAAGGACGGGUCUUCGAAGAUCGUGCAGGAGUGCAAGCUCCCGUUAACUGGUGCGAAGGUGGUCAGCACGAUCAUAACGGACAUGUGCGUGUUCCAAGUCGAUAGAGCGAAUGGUGGGUUGACACUCACCGAAGUUGCUCCCGGUGUUUCUGUCGAAGAGGUCCAGAGCAAGACGGAUGCGAAGUUUAAGGUGGCAGAGGAUCUGAAGACCAUGGAGUAA